GACAAUUUGACUACAAAAUUGAUCUAGUAAGGUUAUUCAGGUAACCUUUACGUCACGCAAAUUUUGUUGCCAUGGUGUUGUUUGGAGUACGUCCACGACGUAAACGCCUAAUGCAAGGAACCAUUUUAAACAAACGAUAGACCAAGUUAAGCCCAAAAAGAUUUGAAUAAAUAUCAAAUUACUCCAAGUUAUGUACCUUCGCAGGUGACAGAAUGUCGUGGAGGAUUAAGAGAAACACUGCAAGUGUCGAGUCUUUGAAUAAGGACACGAUUGAACCACGCCGUGUUGCAUUCAAAACACCAGCAACUGCAGUUAUUCUAUUAGAUUCUCCUGAAGAACAUGUUUUAAUCAAAGCAUGUGAAGCAAUCUACGGAUUUGCAGAAGAAAGCGAUUUGAACAAGAUUGCUCUGACGGAUCAGGGGGCUUUGGGUCCUCUCAGUCAGCUCAUCAGUCACAACAACAAGAAGAUCCGACGUAAUGCCAUAAUUGGACUAGGGCUCAUGGCUACACACAGUUUAGCCAAGAGUGUCCUACAAAACAUGGAUGUUAUUCCAGCAGUCAUUGACAAACUAUCAAUGAAUGACACAGUUAUCCAAGAAUUUGGGACCCUUUACCUGUCCUGUCUGUCCACGGAGUCAUGCUGUCGGGUGCAGAUUAUUGAAAGCCAAGGUUUGCCAAUAUUAAUCAACCUCCUUUCUAGUUCCGACCCAGAUGUUCAGAAGAACUCUCUGGACACCAUCUACAAUUUAGUUCAGGACACGCACGUUUGCCCGUCUGUAAUCGAGUUACAUGGGCUUCCUCAAUUACUCCUGUUGUUGAAGUCCACCUUCAAUUCCAUUCAGCAUCUGACUUUAAAAACAUUGGAGACAAUCGCCAUUUGCGAAGAGUCACAAUGUGCGUACAGGGAAGGACAGGUGUUGGAUGAGCUCAUGGAGAUCCUCGAUAAUAAGGAUAUAAUUGAAUUCCAUGGGGAGGCCCUGCUGGUUCUCGCUAAUUGUAUGGGUGACAUGGACAAUUUCCGGGUGAUACAGAAAAAAGGAGGCCUUUCCAUAGUGAUGGAGCUUCUUCUCAACCCCAAAUUGGCAGAAAGCCAGGCCGGCGCGAUUAAAAACGGAAAUCUUGAAAUCCUAGCUAUUGCCGUAAAGUGCAUAGCCAGCGCUGCUCAGAAUUCUUCCAUUCACCCAUUCCUGAACGAGCAGAAGAUUGAAAAGGUUCUGGUGGAUCUUCUGUCUGUGGGUAGCGAUAAUGUGAAAGCAUAUGGUUGCAGAGCUUUUUCUGGUUUGAGCUCUUUCCUGCCCAGCAAAGACCUCUUCAGAGAUUUAGGUGGCAUACCAGUUGUUGUUCGGUUACUAAGGAGUAGCAAGUGUCCAGUUAUCACAGAGCAUGGUACGCAGGGCCUUGCCAACCUCACAUCUGGAAACCAGCUCAACACUUUGGAAGUAUUUAAUGCAGGAGGAACUGAAGUUCUUGUGCAGAGUCUACAAGAAGCGUGUCCUGAAGUGAUGGCAAAUUCUUUAGCCAUACUCAGCAGGAUGGCGGGACAGGAAUCUAUCCGGUCUGAAGUUGUGUUACAGGAAGUCAUGCCAGCGCUGGUGGAGCCCUUGAAAUCAGAAGACACACAGGUUCUGAUCAAUGCCUUGCUCUGCAUCUGUGAAAUGGCAUUUGAGGAGAGCGCCAGAGCAGAACUGCGAGAAGCUAAUGGUCUUGAACCGUUGGUCGCUUUGCUGUGUUCCACUCAUAUGGAGGUGUUGCGCUGCACAUGUAUGGCAAUCAGCGUUUGUGCAAAAGAUGAGCCCACUGCUUUGGAGAUGUGUAAAUUUGGAGCCUUGGAAAUCCUUCAAGAAAUCGCCCAGUCAAUAAAUCGUAGGAGCAAGUUCACAGAAUUUGCCCUGAUCAGUUUACUGAAAUACAACCUGUCCCUCAAAUAUGGUUUGCUAGGUUAUCUGACGACAAGUGAUGUUAUCACUCAUGGAUUCUAUGAUGCUGGGAAGGUUCAUUUUGAUCAUAAAUGCUUAAACUUGGAGGAACUGUGCUUGGAACCACUAAACCAACGGCGACCUGUUAUCCUUGUCAACGCAAUCGAGAUGUCUGAUGAAAUGCAACAGAAGGAUGAGACCCAGCCAGAGUUGGUUCAUGAAAGAAAUCGUAAAGUGAUGGAUGACAUCUCAUUGCCGCUUCUCGUUAAAGAGGUCAAGGAAUCCAUUGAGCCUUUGAAAGAAGAACAGGAACAAUACGUUGUUCUGGCCAGGUUUGUCUCUGAAAUCAUGGGUGGAGCCAUUGAAAAGGACCAGCUGGACACUUUUCCAUGGUCGCAGCACCUUAAUGAUCUCAAGUGUAAGCUGAGGUGUAACGUAAUUCCUAUCGGUACGAUCAGCAAAGGAUUUUUUUGCCAUAGAGCACUACUUUUCAAGUAUUUGGCAGACAGCAUUGGCCUGAAGUGUACUCUGGUUAGAGGUGACUACAACCGGGGUUGGAAUGAAGUACUCCUCUACAAGGGUGAUUCUUGUAGCAAAGAUAACUUUUCACAGCCAUCGUGCUACAUUGUGGACCUCAUGCACCAGCCUGGAACCUUCUUGGAGGCUGAUAGCGCUGCUGCUAUUGAUUAUGAAAGCUUAUAGAGGCAACAGUGUGCAGGAACUUAAACUAUGUAAUUGUUUCCUCAAUAUUUCCUAUACAGUUUGUUGAAAUUAUAUUAAUGUGAUCAUAACUGUUGAACCAGGAAUGGAAGUUGAAACAUGUAGGGCUAGGUCAAGGGCGUAGGUUUGGUCUCAAUAUUGGUAGGGACGAUAUAACAGCAUAACCUGCAUGUUAACUUUUUGAUGGGGACGGAACAUUAAUAAGACCAAACGGAUUGGGUGAACGGGGGUCAGGGCUACAUUUCUCACGAAUAUGAAUAUAAUUGAUGGACUAAAUGAUCAAUGCAAAAUAAAUCUAUUGACUUAUACUAACUUUCACACUGCAAAUGUAUAACGUGUUUUUGCAGGGCAUAUGUGUUAGUACAGGUGAUACACCGUUUCACUGAAACCAUUGUUUUCAAAAACUACUAAAGAAACAUUUUGAAAACUCCUAGAAUAAAUGUCUGGAUUUUAUUAGCUAAUUUAAACUGCAAUAUUUGAACAUUAUUUAAAUUUUAUUAACAGACACAAUAAAUACACACUUGUUAAUAGUCUCCUAACUAUCCGGGAAUGAAAAAAACAACAACAUUUGUCUCAAGACCACUUAACAUUGUCUGUCUAAAUAAAUAAAAUUAAAUAUAACUGGAGAAACUUCUUAGCGUGUAACAAGAAAAAUGGAGCCUUCUGUCAGGUAAAACACUUCUGCUUUUGUCCACAAGCCAAACA